CCCCCGUCUCCUCCCCCUGCCCGGGGCUGGCGGCGGGGAAGGGCUCGACCAUUUCUGCGGGAUCGGGGAACAGGGGCUGUAGCGGCUCUGCCCAGCGGCGCCUCCGCUCUGCGGUUCAGCACCGCGGCCUUGGACAGCGCCCGCCGGGACCCCGGAGCUUCCGGAACAGCGGCCCCGACCCAGCGCUCCGCUCCCCCUCCGCGGGGACCGGGCGGCACCGACACCGACACCAGCACCGGCAGGAGCAGGAGCAGGAUGUUUCUCCAGCUGGCAGUCGUGGUGCAGGUGCUGUCGCUGCUGUCGAGCCGGGUGCAGGGCUUCCCGAAACCCGCGGGCAAAGAUAAAGCUAUACACAACAGACAAUUAAGUGUUGAAAGACCGUUGGAGGAACAGAUUGCUGAAGCUGAGGCAGACAAGAGAAAAGUAGCUCCCACAGAAAAUAAGCCAGAGUUCAGGAAUUAUUCCUUUGCUGAUGACCUGAACCUGCUAAAAUCUGUAGCAGAAAGAGAGAGGAAUGAGAAGCAGAGAGAGUCAAUCAGAAGCUCUCUGUAUGAGGUGCAGCUGCCCAGUGAUGAUGCAGACUCCACCAAGAACCGCAGGCUUGUGGAUGAGUACGACUCCACUAAAAGUGGGCUGGACUAUAAAUACCAAGAUGAUCCAGAUGGCCUCCAUCAAUUAGAUGGCACUCCUCUGACUGCUGAAGACAUUGUUCAGAAAAUUGCUGCAAGAAUUUAUGAGGAAAAUGAUAGAGGAGUGUUUGAUAAGAUUGUUUCAAAACUUCUGAAUCUGGGACUAAUCACAGAGAGUCAGGCCUACACUCUAGAAGAUGAAGUGGCAGAAGUUUUACAACAGCUAAUUGCAAAUGAAGCAAAGGAUCGUGAGAAGGAGUCUGAAGAUUUUGAUUACCCUCCAAGCAGAGCAGACAGUGAUACAAAAGGAAAGCAACAGGAAAAAAUGACACCAAGCAAAGCUGAUCAGGAUAGUCUCAUUAAUGGAGAAAUUGAUGAUACACUGGAUAACACAUGGUCAUCAUCUAAUAUCUUGGAAAGAAGAAAUGAGCUGCCUUCUGAAGACAAUUUUGAAGACCUUCAAUAUUUUCCAAACUUUUAUGCACUAUUAAAAAGUCUUAACUCAGAGACAGAGGCAAAAGAGAAGGAAACCUUGAUAACUAUCAUGAAAACCUUGAUUGAUUUUGUGAAGAUGAUGGUUAAAUAUGGAACAAUCACACCAGAAGAAGGAGUUUCCUAUCUAGAAAACUUAGAUACAAUGAUAGCUGAACAGACAAAGAAGAAGCUGGAGAAUCCCUCCACUAAAACCAGGGAGGAGGUUUUAAAGCUACCAGCAGAUAAAAGUAGCGAAGAAGCAGACAGUACAAAGGAAGAAGCAGCUAAAAUGGAAAAGGAAUAUGAAAUCUCAAAGGAUUCCACAAAAAUUGAUGACCACAAUGCAGCAGGGAACAGUGAAGAGCCCAGAGGGAAAGCUGAGGCCUAUUUGGAAGCAAUCAGAAAGAACAUAGAAUGGCUAAAAAAACACAACAAACAAGGUAACAAAGAAGACUAUGAUCUUUCAAAGCUGAGAGAUUUCAUUGAUCAGCAAGCUGAUGCUUAUGUGGAAAAGGGCAUCCUGGACAAGGAAGAGGCUGAUGUAAUUAAGCGUAUAUAUGGCAGCCUGUAAUGACCUAGUGGCUGCCCAACCUGUAGAAAACUAGUAUAGCUUCCCCUACUCCUGGCUCAAUGAAUUAAGAUCUGUUAUUUUGAGGAUAUCACUAGGAAUGCUCUGUUUACAUUGUACCAACAACUUUCUGGACAGAGAGGAAGAGCUGUAGUGCUCCAGACACUGACUGCAUACUCGAUUUUCCUACACUCGUAAAUCAACCCUAAAUGCCAAAUUCUGACUCAGAAUCUCUAUUUGGUAGGGCAAAUAUUUAUGUAAUGUUCUCUUUGAUUUAUUGUUUGCAUUUGGUUUACUUCUGUACAGAAACCAAUAGUUUCUGAUGGAAAAUUCUUUUAAUGCUAUCUUUUUGCUCUCAAUUCCCCUAGCUUUCUAUAGAUGCAACUAUGUAAAGGGCAUUAUUAGAAAAUAGUUCAUAGUUCUUUAAAUAAAAUAUUUGAAAAUAAUUAACCUAUUAAAGUUUUCAUUAAUCUUACUAUGAUUUAAUAUUCAGAAAUCUUGCUGUUAAAUCCUUCUUUUUCUUUUCUUUUUUUGUUUACCCUUUUUGAUUUUCUUAUGUAUUCUAAAAUUUGGACUACAGUGUCCUUAGCUAACUGAUUCUCUGUUACUGUUAUCUGGCACUACAACUACUUUGAUGUAUCUCUGGCACUACAACUAAUUUUCAUAUCACAGAGCUAUAUUCUCCCCCUUGUUGCUUCAUUCAGCAUGUAUAAACAUUCUGUUUGGUCCACCAUUUGAUGAUUGUGCAUGCAUAAUUAGUUGAAUUCCUGAUGUGAGUAGCCUUAUAAGAAGUGUAAAUAGCCAUUACUUUCUUUAAAGAAAAAAAAAAAAAGAAAAAGAAAAGAAAGCAAUUUGGGUCAUUUUGCAUGGGGAGGGGCAUUUGCAAGUAGAGAUGAUUUUAGGAAUAUGGGCCCUGUUUUUCAUAAAGAAACUGAGCCUGUCAUAUCUCAGCAUGCAUCCCUGAAUAUCAAGGCUGUGGUGUGUUUACUGACGUCUAGUCUGUGUUGAGUAGCAUUAAUUUUGAAAACUAUCUUUUGACAUAUAUACACUAUCGUUAGCCAAGAAUCUGGUGCCUCCUAAACAAUGAAAAAGGAAAACAAGAACACCCUCAAUUCUUCUCAGCUUACAGAGUCAAAAACUGUUAGGUGAUGGAAAGGCUGGUACCUGCCUGCCAGUGAAGGGAGAUGGUGACUUACAGCACUGCACAAAGUUCUGCAAAUGUUAAAUGAGCAGAUCAGUUCCUUCACUUUUUUCAGUACAUUUGGACAUUAAGAAGGAGAUUUAAGAAAUGGUUUUUAGCCAACUGAAGUAAACUUUGCAAUCCUUGCAAAGCAUUAACUCAACAUUAUCAAGAGAACAUUAUUGGUAACAAAUAUUAAACUAAUACAAUAGCAAGUGCAAGAGUUUUAAAACUGAUGAUAAAUAAGCCCAUGAGUGCUUUCUAGCAUACAAAAAAUAUGUCACUGCCUCCUCAUACACAACCUGAUAUGGAUCAUUGAAUUGCAGUAUCAGUAAAUAAUGGUGGUAUUUAUUUGUAUGUAUCCAGGAAGGUAGUCAAUGUAGCCUUCCUCUUUGAAAAAAUAGUCCCUUAGAAACACUGCAGAAAACAAUCAGGAAAAGGAAAUACCUGUUAUUUUUGAAUCAGUGGAUUUAUUCUCAUCUAUUAUUAUUAUUAUUAUAACUAUUACUACUACUACUACUAUUACUAUUAUCAAAUGUUUCCAAAGAAAAGAAUUUCUUCUUGUCCCUACAGAUCGUGGUUGUUUUCUGCAAGUUCGUGAUUUACUUUCUUAGGUGACUGUCACACUGGAAAAGUGCUCUUUUGUAUUUAUGAAAGAAAUCAGGAGACAGAUAACUAACCAUAAACCUUUACAGUUGGGGAAGUGCUAUUGAUUUAAGAUCUCCACUUAAAAAACCAAAAUGGACAAACUUUCCUUCCCUAAUGGUUCCUUACAAAAAGAGCCAACUUUCUUCUCCUGUCAGUGGAAUGAGUAAUAUAAUAAUAUUAAUACUUUUCAUUGGAAGUUAGGUUCUUACUUUGGUCUCACAGGAGUCUAUGCAGGAGUCUGGUACUAAUGGAAAGAUGUCAUCAACUAGUGAUUUACAACUAUGAACAACUUGUGCCCACAAAAAGGCUGGUAAAGGAUUUUUAACCUCUGAUUUUUGCAAAUUUUUAGAACUUGAACAAAGCGUAGAUUACAUCAUUCAGGAAAAAAAAUGUCCAAACAAUGGGUAUGUCCUGAUUCUAGCUUGGAGUAUUCAUGUCCUUGGACCUGCUCUGAGCUUACCCUGCUCCUGUGCCUCACUUAGGGCACAGGUACCAAUUAGAGUAAACCUGAUGAGUAGCUGAGGCCACAGCAAGCCCUCUGGCAGCUGAUGAACAAUCUCAGCUCCAUUCCUCAGUCUAGAUUCACUUUCCAUCCUGCCCAAGCCGAUUAAACUUGUUAUUUGAAUGUUUCAAAUACUGUUUUCGUUGCUGGUACCUGAAAUGAACAUCUAUCAGUAAAUCACACCUUUCAGAACUGCACAGUAAAAACCCAGCCAGCCUGAUGAAUCACCCUGCAUCUCUAUAAGGCUCUGGCUGCUGCUACACAAAUCAAACUGAGUGAUGUGAGUUUCAGCCUGCACCACAGACCAGUCCUUAUUCUGAAGGGAACAGUUGAAACACAUGAACACAGGACAACUGCUGCUGGUGUGUUUAUUACAUUCUUAGCAAAUCAUAUUCUGUCAAUGCUUUCCUUUUUCCUGGUGAGAAAGGUAUUUCCAACACCUGCACAUCCCUGGUUUGAAAUUGACACAAGUCAGCUUCUAUGUUCUUUGUUUCUCUACUGGAUCCUUCAGAAAUCCUUCAUUCCUUAAAUUAUCACUGAAAAUGUAACAAGUACACUAUAUAUGGUAUUCACCUUUUCUAUUAGACUAUAUUGUUUCUGAUACUGUACUUUAUUAAACACUUUACUACAAGC